ACACGUUUUUGCACAAUGAGAGAGUGAUAACGUAUAAAAAUGAAUCUUAAAUUUCAUAUUUCAUUGAUUUUGCUUUUACUGUCAAUUUACAUUGUACCCGGAUCUCAAGUUUUAAACAAUUUGAAUAAGUUUGAACCAAAUUGGGACAGUUUGGACCAGCGUCCUUUGCCUUUGUGGUACGAUGAAGCCAAAUUUGGAAUUUUUAUUCACUGGGGUGUCUUUAGUGUUCCAAGUUUUGGAUCUGAAUGGUUUUGGAAAUACUGGAAAAUAGGAAAUCCGAAGUAUUGUAGUUUCAUGAGCAAACAAUAUCCUCCAGAUUUCACUUAUCAACAUUUUGCGAGACAGUUCACUACCGAAUUUUUUAAUGCUACCGAAUGGAGCGACAUUUUUCAGGCAUCAGGAGCAAAAUAUGUAGUUUUGACUAGUAAACACCAUGAAGGAUACACUUUGUGGCCCUCGAAAAUCUCUUUCAAUUGGAAUUCUCUUGCCGUUGGACCGCAUCGAGAUCUCGUAGGUGAUUUGGCCAAGGCCUUGCGGAGUGAAACGAAUUUAAGAUUUGGACUUUACUAUUCUCUUUACGAAUGGUUUCAUCCACUUUAUUUAGAAGACAAGAAAAACAACUUCACGACUAAUUCCUUCAUCGAUCGAAAAAUGAUUCCCGAAUUACAAGAACUUGUUGAACUUUACAAACCGGAUGUAGUUUGGGCCGAUGGAGAUUGGGAAGCAGAAGACAGUUAUUGGGAGUCGAAAGAAUUUCUAAGUUGGCUGUAUAAUGAUAGUCCGGUAAAAGAAACUGUCGUAGUUAAUGAUAGAUGGGGAAUUAAUAUUCCUUAUCAUCAUGGAGAUUUUUAUACUUGCACAGAUCGAUAUAAUCCUGCUGUUCUUCAACCUCACAAAUGGGAAAAUGCAAUGACUAUCGACCGACAAUCUUGGGGAUUCCGAAGAAAUGCAGAUUUGACAGACUACAUCUCUCUGGAAGAAUUGGUUGGAGAAUUGGUGGUCACUGUAAGCUGCAAUGGAAAUUUGUUGUUGAAUAUUGGACCUGCGAAGGAUGGAAGAAUUGAUCCAAUUUUUGAAGAGAGGCUGCGUGGAAUGGGAGCUUGGUUGAAUGUGAAUGGAGAGGCAAUUUACGAAACGAAAGCCUGGACUGUUCAAAAUGACACUUUAUCCGGAAAUGUUUGGUAUACAAAAAGCAAAAAAACCAAUAAAUUAUAUGCGAUUCUUCUUUCGUGGUCGAAAGAUAAUAUUCUAGAGUUGGGAUCUGUUAAAAUUCCGGCUUUAACUCAAAUUAAUCUUCUUGGAUAUGGAAAUGAACUUAGUUGGGAACAACGCUCAAAUUACUUACAUAUUGAGCUUCCUAUAGAAUCACACAAAGGAGAACCUGCUUGGGUUGUAGUAAUAAAUGAGCAUUUUUGAGAUUGAAGAUUAUUAAUUUUUACAUCUUGUUAUAAAUUUUCUUUUCUGUACUUUUAAUGAAAAUAGUUUUAAAAAACCUAAGUUUUAGAGAAUAAUAAUUGAAACUGGAAAGCUUAUACAAAAGCGAAUGAAAUUUAAAUUACUCUUCUAAGCAUUAGAAUGUACAAACGUUAAAAGAUUGAAAAUCUUUAAUUUUAUAACAACAUUUUAAAGGAAAAAGAUAAAUUAUUGGCAUUUCUUUAACAUGUAUGUAUUCAAUUAUUUAUUGGAGAAAUAAUUUUCCUUACUGAAAAAUUCAAACCAGGAAACUUUUUUAUAAAGUGUUUCCUAGAAAAUUGUGUUAAAUAAAAUAAAAUAUUAAGAUUUGAUAAGCGGAACAUAUACGAGAAAAAAUUAUACAUGAUCGAUUCAGGGGUCUUUAUUGUCUCUAAUGUGAAAAAUAAUUUAAGCUACGUAGAGAGUUUAAUUGUUCAACAAGCAAUAUAAAAAACAUGGUUAAAUUGAUUAAUUAUCAAAUAUCUAGAAAUUGAUAAGAAUAAACUUGCUUAUUAUCCCAAUCUCGUUUUCUUAAAAAGGAAAAGAUAAUAAAUAAUAGCUAAAUAAUAAAAGAUGGGAAAAAGAAAAUGAACCUAAAAUAAAAAAAAGUAGCAUCCUGAAAGAAACUAUUUAGAAAUGUCCAUUCAAUGAUUCAGAAACAUCUAUUAUUACAUGGGGGAUUUCUAAUAACUUUUUCUCGUGUAAAAAUUGUGAUAAAACGUGCUUUUUCGUUUG